CUUCCUCCAUUUCAACUGCCCUCCUGAAUACUCCCAAGCACACAUACGGGCGAGCGGGCAGGGGGAUAAUUUACACACACACACACCCGGAAUAGCCCCUGGAGCGGGAUCGACUCUCGUCCCACCGCACUCGCUCCGCCCCCCUUGCAAAAGGCGAUGGAAUCUGGCUGGCGACGGGGAUCGCUUCUCAGGAGCCAGCGAACUUCAGCCUUGAGUGGGUGGACCCGCUUGCUUUCUCACGUGCGAAGCGAGGUUACACCCGGGAUUUCUGAAAGGCGAAGGUGCAAUCGCUCGCCUUUGCUUUCAGUUAUCCCUGAGUGUGCAUAAGCCGCCACAGGACAUCGCAAAGCGUGUUGUAGGAUCAGACCGGGAUCCAUGCAGGCAGGAGCCCAUUGCAAGAAGAAUCCCACGGAAAACUGGCUGGUGGGCUUAUCUUCUGCCCACCCUUGCUUUAGAUUGUACUUUUCCAAAGUCUAAAGCACUGUUGAAUGUAUGCAGUGCACGCUGGUCUAUGCCUAUUUACCUGGAGGCUAGUUCUGCUAAAUUCCUCCAUGAUCCAGAGGAAGGCAAAUUGGCAUUUUUCAUCCUCCUAUUCAUCUUCAGUGCCAACAACCAAGCUGUUCAUCGAUGGCAAAUUUGUUGAUUCCAAAAGUAAUGAAUGGAUUGAUAUUCACAACCCAGCCACCAAUGAAGUGGUUGGUCGUGUCCCCAAAGCUACACAAAGUGAGAUGGAAGCAGCAGUGGCUUCGUGCAAGAAAUCUCUACCGAACUGGGCUGAGACAUCCAUUCUGAGUCGGCAGCAAGUCUUCUUGCGAUACCAACAGCUCAUCAAAGACAAUCUGAAAGAAAUUUCAAAACUGAUCACCUUAGAGCAAGGGAAGACCCUGGCUGAUGCUGAGGGAGAUGUGUUUCGAGGCCUCCAGGUCGUUGAACAUGCUUGUAGUGUGACAUCCCUUAUGCUGGGCGAGACCCUUCCCUCCAUCACUAAAGAUAUGGACACUUACACCUACCGCUUGCCUCUGGGAGUGUGCGCAGGCAUAGCACCUUUCAAUUUCCCAGCCAUGAUUCCUCUCUGGAUGUUUCCCAUGGCCAUGGUGUGCGGGAACACUUUCUUGAUGAAGCCUUCCGAGCGGGUGCCGGGAGCCCUCAUGUUUCUUGCAAAGCUGCUGCAGGAUGCUGGAGCCCCCGAUGGGACACUGAACAUCAUCCACGGACAACACGCAGCCGUGAAUUUUAUUUGUGAUCACCCUGAUAUCAAAGCAAUCAGCUUUGUAGGAUCUAAUCAGGCUGGAGAAUAUAUCUAUGAAAGGGGUUCCAAGAACGGCAAGAGAGUGCAGGCCAAUAUGGGAGCCAAGAACCAUGGAGUAGUGAUGCCAGAUGCCAAUAAGGAGAACACCCUGAAUCAGUUGGUUGGAGCAGCUUUUGGAGCAGCUGGGCAACGUUGCAUGGCAUUAUCCACAGCAGUCUUGGUGGGAGAGGCUCGGAACUGGCUGCCCGAACUGGUGGAGAGAGCCAAGAAGCUGCGAGUUAAUGCAGGAGACCAGCCUGGAGCAGAUCUGGGGCCGCUGAUCAGUCCCCAGGCCAAAGAGCGUGUCUGUCAACUGAUUGACAGUGGAGCAAAGGAGGGGGCUAGCAUCCUUCUUGAUGGACGAAAUAUCAGAGUGAAAGGUUUUGAAAAUGGCAAUUUUGUUGGACCGACAAUCCUUGCGAAGGUCAAGCCCAAUAUGACCUGCUAUAAGGAGGAAAUCUUUGGACCAGUUCUAGUGGUUCUGGAAGCAGACAGUCUGAAUGAAGCCAUUGAAAUAAUCAAUAAAAAUCCUUAUGGGAAUGGAACAGCCAUCUUUACCACAAAUGGUGCCACUGCUCGGAAGUACUCUCACUUAGUAGACGUUGGGCAGAUUGGUGUGAAUGUUCCAAUUCCAGUGCCUUUGCCAAUGUUCUCCUUCACUGGCUCUCGCGGGUCUUUCAGGGGGGACACCAAUUUCUACGGCAAACAGGGGGUACAUUUCUACACACAGCUGAAGACAAUCACUUCUCAGUGGAAGGAAGAAGAUGCUACUGAUGCCAAGCCUGCCGUCGUUAUGCCAACCAUGGGGAACUAAAGCACCUUGUUAAAUUUGCUCAAGAUGCUGCUGAAAGUAUUCUUCACCCACUGAUGCAAGCUGCUCUUGGAUAUUCCCUGUUGCCAUUGUUGCCCUAGAAAUAACAAAGAUUGCUUCAUUUCAGGCUCUGCAUUUAAAAUCAAAUUGGCCAGGGCCCUUUAACACAAAAUUUAGAUUUUUUCAUCUACAUACUGGCUAACCCAAGGUAUUUUCUUUAAUUCUAGAGAAAAUAAUCUGUUGUGUGUAAACAGACAAAAUCAGCUUCUUUUGUCCCACUCAUGCAACCCAGUGCUGAGAACCCAGACUCUAUUUUUCAUGGGAUGUUAGUUUUUAAGAAUCAAUUGCUGCAGUUAAUGCUGUUUCUCUGUUCACAGCUGGUAUGCCCUGCUGUCAGAAUCUAAUUCAGCUUUCCCCCGCAAUAAACUUUGGAUACUUCAGAGAAACAGAUUUACUCAUUACAGACUGAGAAGUAAAUGUGUAGGUACUCAACUUUAAUAAGUAGUCUCCAAGAAUCUCACACAUAGGAAAUAGCUGUUGCAAAGAGACAGUGAAACCUUACCAGUGGGAACUUUAGUUCCCAUGAUGCAUGGAAGCAGCAUGCAAGCUGCUUUAAAGUGGACAGAUUUUCUACCUUAACACAGCAAUGUGCCUAUACGUUAUUUAUGCACUAAAUAUUUUUGGAACCAAAACAUGUGUGAUCUUUGCUUCUGGGGCUGCUAGACCAUCAUGGUGUCAAAAAUAAUAAGCCUUCAUAACGACGCAAUUGGUUCUAUCAGUCUAGCUUUCAGGGGGAUAUUACUUCCCAUUGCACUAGUGCAAAGGAGAAUUGUAGGUUCUAGGGCUAUUUAAAGGCAGUCCUGUAUAGUGGGAGUACAUACAACUUGAGAUGACAUCUUGAACUGCACAGCGUGUGAUCUGCAUAGGUUAGCUGUGAGUGAUGCAGUCAUGGGAUGGGGAGGGAUAAACUAUCUGGCUUCAUAGGGAUGUUAGUGGCAUAAAAAAAACUUGCUCAAAGUCCUUUCUUCCACUUUGAAACCAUGCAGUGAUUUUUUAAGUUGUCUAAUGAAACAAAUUGGACUCAUUUGAUAUUCUGCCUUUUGUAACCAGCAAGCGCUUAAACUGAAAAUGGUAAUGAAUAAUUGAAUUGAUUAAUACUCUGUAUGUUGUGUCUUACAUUGGUGUUAAUCAUGAAUAAAUGGCUAUUAAAUUCA